GAAGAACUCGGUGAAGCACUUCCGGUUGGUGUCGGCGUGUGUUGGUCGUUUGAGGAGAAGUUUUUCUGCAGUUCACUGGAUUCUUGUUAAUAAGAAGUUUUAACUCUUCAGCAGAGAUGGCGAGAAACGCAGAGAAGGCCAUGACGGCUCUGGCCCGGUUCAGACAGGCUCAGCUGGAGGAGGGAAAAGUCAAGGAAAGGAGACCGUUCCUGGCCUCAGAGUGCAGUGAACUCCCCAAAGCGGAGAAAUGGAGACGACAGAUCAUCAGCGAGGUCUCAAAGAAAGUGGCUCAGAUCCAGAACGCUGGCCUCGGUGAGUUUAAGAUUCGGGAUCUGAAUGAUGAGAUCAACAAGCUGCUCAGAGAGAAAGGUCACUGGGAGGUCAGGAUCAAAGAACUGGGAGGACCGGACUACGCGAGAGUGGGCCCGAGGAUGCUGGACCACGAGGGGAAGGAGGUUCCUGGUAAUCGAGGGUAUAAAUACUUCGGAGCAGCCCGAGACCUUCCAGGAGUCCGAGAGCUGUUCGAGAAGGAGCCUGCCCCGGCUCUGAGGAAGACGCGGGGGGAGCUGAUGAAGGAGGUGGACGCAGAAUAUUACGGCUACAGAGAUGAAGACGACGGCGUGCUGCUGCCUCUGGAGGCACAGUACGAGAAACAAGCUGUGAUGGAGGCGGUGCAGAAGUGGAAAACAGAGAGAGAGUCUCGUCUGUCGGGCGAUCAACAACAACAAGAGGAGGAGGAAGAGGAGAGCAUCUACACCGUCCACAAAGAAGAGCCCGACGACGAGGAGAGCCGAGAGGAGCAGGAGGGCGAGGAGGGAGGAGUCACCUUCAUGGCACACGUACCUGUUCCCUCACAAAAAGAGGUGGAGGAGGCUCUCGUCAGGAGAAAGAAGAUGGAGCUGUUGCAGCGUUACGCCAGCGAGACUCUUCAGGCUCAGAGUCAGACAGCCAAAACUCUGCUGGGUCUCUAACCUGUCUGUAACCUGUCUGUCUGACUGUGGUCUGUCUGACUGUGACCUGUCUGUCUCUCUCUAACCUGUCUGUGUGAUGUUACCUGUCUGUCUGUCAUGUAAAUAUCUGCUCUGUUUUUGUACUUGGCCUGUUUCAUAUUAAAGCGUUCUUCAGCU